AUGGCACUAGCUAGAGAGAGAGCAAUAUAUGGUCCACAAUCCACUUUCAUUCAAGGACUUGAUCCUUCUUCUCUUGCUCAUUCAACCUUCAGAGAUCAUCAUGGUUUUCUUCAUGAUGAAAUAUUCUCCAAUCCAAACACUUUCAUGUUUGAAGCAUCAAAUUUCCCUUUACAAGAAGCUCAUCCCCUCAUCAACUUCAAAGCCAGUGCUGAUCAUCAAUUGAUGACAUAUUCGACUUCGACGGUUCUAAGCUUCGAGCGAAAUCUCGAUUACGGAGAGAAUUCUAUGAGUUGGAUUGAUCAUGCCAUGGAAGAUGAGAGCCCUAUCAAUCAUCUUAGCUCAAAGAGCUUUGAUACAAAUUCUUUCAAGUAUGAACAAGAGAGCAUUGGGAAGGAGAAAGGGUUAAACAAGAGAGCUUUUAUGGACUGUGACAUGGAAGCUUCAAAGAAGCAUGGUGGGAAUGCUAAGAGGCAAGUCAAGGCUAAGUUGAGUUCAUCAAAGGAUACCCAAAGCAUUGCUGCCAAGGUUGAUUUGGUUACUAUGCUAGAGAAAGCAGUAAGCUAUGUGAAGUUCCUCCAAUUACAAGUAAAGGUGUUAGCUACUGAUGAGUUCUGGCCAGCUCAAGGAGGAAAAGCACCUGAGGUUUCUCAAGUGAAGGAAGCCAUUGAUGCAAUCUUAUCUUCUCACAGAGAAAGGAACUUCAGCUCUAAUUAA